GUGGGAGGAGUCUGUGGAGCAGCCGGGGGCUUGCGCUGUAGCAACGUGCACCACGAGCCGGAGCUUCGGUUGAGCCGAGGCAGGUCUUCAACGUAGAGGUGCUGCCGCUUCUCUCUGGGCCGACUGAAACUUCACUCCCAAAAUGUCCGACGAGGAACAAGAGCAGACCAUAGCCGAGGACCUGGUGGUCACCAAGUACAAGAUGGGCGGUGACAUCGCUAACCAGGCUCUUCGUCGGGUCAUUGAUGCAGCGAAGCCCGGGGUCUCUGUGCUCAGCCUGUGCGAGGUAGGAGACGCCUAUAUCGUGGCGGAAACUGGAAAAGUCUUCAAGAAGGAGAAAGAAAUGAAGAAAGGCAUCGCCUUUCCCACCAGCAUCUCGGUGAAUAACUGUGUUUGCCACUUCUCUCCCCUGAAGAGUGACCCAGACUACUCACUUAAAGAUGGAGAUCUGGUCAAAAUAGAUCUCGGGGUUCACGUUGAUGGCUUCAUUGCCAAUGUUGCUCAUUGCUUUGUUGUGGGAGCCAGCAAGGAGAACCCUGUCACAGGCAGAAAGGCUGACGUCAUCAAGGCAGCCUAUCAAUGUGCAGAAGCGGCUUUACGUCUUGUGAAACCUGGUAAUCAGAACACUCAGGUGACAGAAGCCUGGAACAAGAUUGCACAGUCGUUCAAAUGCUCACCGAUUGAAGGUAUGCUGUCUCAUCAGUUGAAGCAGCAUGUCAUAGAUGGAGAGAAAACCAUCAUCCAGAAUCCAACAGACCAACAAAGGAAGGACCAUGAGAAGGCAGAGUUUGAGGUUCAUGAAGUCUAUGCUGUAGAUGUCUUGAUUAGCUCUGGUGAAGGGAAGGCCAGAGAUUCAGGUCUGAGAACCACGAUUUAUAAGAGGGACCCCAAUAAACAGUAUGGCUUGAAAAUGAAGACCUCUCGUACCUUCUUCAGCGAAUUGGAGAGACGCUUUGAUGCCAUGCCCUUCACUCUUAGGGCUUUUGAGGAUGAGGCCAAAGCCCGUCUUGGUGUGGUAGAGUGUGCCAAACAUGAGCUGCUGCAGCCCUUCAGUGUGCUACAUGAAAAAGAGGGGGAGUUUGUCGCACAGUUCAAGUUCACAGUGCUGCUGAUGGCCAACGGCCCUCACAGAAUCACAAAUGGACCCCUCGAUCCAGAGCUGUACAAGUCGGAGCAUGACGUUGAAGAUCCAGAGCUAAAGGCUUUACUACAGAGCUCUGCAAGCCGUAAAACACAGAAGAAGAAGAAAAAGAAGGCCUCAAAGACAGCAGAAAAUGCAACUGGACAGUCAGCUGAGGACAUGGAAGCUGCAGAAUAAAAACUGCCUUUUCACAUACAGGACCCCAAAGACGUGAAAGAUUAAAAUAAUGACAAGACUCCCUGGACUCUGUUUUACAUUUGGUAGAUUUGACCUAAGGUGAUAAAUUGAUUUAAAAAAAUGUCUAGAUCAGUUUAAUAUUGUGAAAUCCUACACGGAUGUUUAACCCUUUACUGCAUUAUUUGAUACAACCACUGUGUGUUUUUUUUUUUUUUUUUUUGGUUUUUUUACUAUGACAAAAACAAUUUUUUGCAGGCUAACUUGUUUGAACUGUCUGACAAAUAUGUUAGUCCUCAAGCUUGAAGAGUUUUUGUUGAUUUGAAACAAGUUUCUUGCUGAAAGUGAGUUUCAUUGAUUGACACUUCACUGUGAGAAUCAUUAAUUAUAUUUAAAGCAUUUAGUUUGAGACCAUAGAUUUAUUUGCUUGACUAGGUGAUGAGGCAUUUACCAUAAACUUUUGUAGCUUAUGACAAAUUUUAAGCCAACUUAAGAAGAAAAGAAGAUCCGGUAGAUGAAUUUACAUGAAAAAGUUUCAAUUAUAUUUGGGUAAUGUGAUGCAGUGAAGGGUUGAUUUAUAAUUUAGUUUCAGCUGUUAUAAUGCCCCCCAAAAAGUGAAGACUUUCCUAACUUGAUUUUGGAAAUGACCGUUUCGAAACUGUUUGCUCCAGAUUUUAUGAAAAGAUAGUAACAAUUCUAUUAGAGCAACUAUUUUGGUUGAAACUGCUGUUUUUUAACCACGCUAGAUUUUAAAGCAAUAACCCAAAAAAGAAGAUUAAAAAUUUUUAAGUAUACAAAAGUUAAAAAAAAAAAAAUCAACCUGGGAACAAACAGCUACACUGACUGCCAUUUCCCUUUUAUGAUAAAAUAACUGAUCAGAAAUAAAAAUGUUUUCUAUCAGUGACAUCUGUAUGGUUGGUCUUGUGAAGCAUAAAGGCUAAAGCUGAUCAGGGUUUGUUUUUUUUUUUUGGGGGGGGGGGGUAAAAAAUUAAUUGUAGAGGCUUCAGUAGACCUGAAAAAUUCAUGUCAGUUAUUUUUUAGGUCUGAGGUCAUGUUAGCUCACACUUGUCCAGAAAUAACUAUGAUGGGGAAAGCAAACUCCUGCUUUCCAUUUCAACCACUGAGGAGUGAAACUUUACGUCCAAGGAAAUAAAUUGUUUUCAUACA